AGGCUUUUAAACUUUUUCUGUCAAUUUGCGAAACAUCACGUUUAGUUUCCUUUUUUUAUUCAGUCGGAAAAACCCGAAGGUGUUUCAUUGGCCUGUCUAGUCAUGUACAAAGAUAUAUAUCUUUAUUUUGGAUGACGCUUAAUGCAUCAUCAAUAUUCUCUGCAUACGUGACUUGUGUAAUUUUAGCCUAUAAAUUAAUACUUGAUUGCAUCAAUAAGAAAUUAUUUAAUUCCAUAUGAACCAGUGAAAGUUGCGAUUCAAGAUGGGUAAUCAUUCAACUCGGCAUAAUGAUAAAUUAGAACAAAAACAUCAGCAGUCAACUGCAACAAUAAAUAACAAAGUACCUAAAUCUAUUUCCCGUAGUACUUCCAGUAAUGAAAUAGAACAAAAUUUUACAACCAAUUUUCUUCCCAUUGACAAAUUAAGCAAAAUUUUGGCUGAGCAUAGUCAGUCCGAAGAUAAUAUUCAUCAUGGUAUUUCAGAAAAUGUAUUUAUUAAGUAUUUAUUUCCACAUUAUCCGCAAUUGGGCUCAAGAUUAUUUAAAUAUCUUGUUGCUUCAUCACAAAAAAAUUCAUCUCAACAUCUAGGCAUAUCAACAUUUAAACAACAAGUUGAGAAAUUAUUAUCGUUGAUGAAUGAUCGAAUUAUAUUAGAUAAUUACGUUAAAAUUUAUUGUAACUCACAAGAAAAUAGUGAUAUGACUCCGGAAACGUUGAAAGAAUUACUGAUGAUUUCUUAUCACUCAGCAACAGAUAGUGAACCAAAUUCUUGCCCAUAUAUACAUAACACUAUUCAUACUGUUAUUACCUCAUGUUUUCAUGGCAAAGAAACUCUUUCAAUAAGUUACGUAAGUAAUUGGCUGUGGCAGCAUUGUCCUCGAGUAGUGACGGGAAUACAUAGAAUGAUUGUCCAUGUAUUCACUAUUGCCUAUCGUUAUGGCCAAAAACUUUUAUUAACUGAAGAAUUACAACUUCAUAUGGAAUCAAUUACUCCAGUGCUAGAAAAAGCCGUUUUUUUUGAUAAGCCUGAAAACUUGUUGCCUCUAAGUCAUGUAUGGUUAUUAUCCAUCUCUUUACCCCUUAUUUACAUUCAGACUGAGGAUCCGUCAUUAGACAAUAAUACAGCUAAGAUACUUCCGAUAUCUAGAAAUCCUUGUCCUAGUCACUGGACUUUGUUAUAUAGCAGUGAUGAACAUGGAACAGGAGUUAAUCGUUUUCUUCAUCAUGUAUUAGGGUAUCGGGGUCCAACGAUAGUAACUAUAAAAGGAGAUAGCGGCAGUGAUCAGCAGAUUAUUUAUUGUAUAUGUAGUGCUGUUGAAUGGCGAGAGUCUCAUCUUUAUUGGGGGGAUGACGACUCUGUUAUUGUUGAAUUAUAUCCUACUUAUAAAGUGCUUCAAAAAAAAUCAAAAAUUUUGUACUUAAAUACUAGUAUUAGAGGAUAUCCUUAUGGAUUAAGAGCUGGAGAUGAUCCACGAAAUCCUAUUAUUAAUAUUGAUCAAUCGUUUCAUUCGGUUGAUUUUGGAGGUGCACCUCAUCGUAUUACAAGUAUUGAAGUAUGGGGCUGUGGUGAUAGAAAAUCAAGAGAACGACAAUUAGAAGUUAAAAAAUGGCAAUUACAAGAAGCUGAAAAACAAAGAGUUGUCAAGUUAAGCCCUAAUGAUUGGUUGGAUCAUCCUGAUCGUUACUUAUUAGAGUUAGCUGGUCGACAGUCUUACAAUAAUGCUGGUAGUUGAAAGUGUUUCUGUAAAAAUAGUUUGUUUAUAUGUAUAUAAAUUCGACUGUAAGAAAAUUAAUCAUCUCGCAUGUGAUAUUUCGAACUUCUGAAUUAAAUGGGAAAAAUAAAAUAAACCAUAAAAAUUAAGGGUACUCUCCCAAAGCUGUCUGUAUUAUUAUUAUUAUUAUUAUUAUUUUUUUUUUUUUUUUUUUUCAAAAUCAGUAACGCUGUCUAGCGUCGGAAUCUACAACUAAUACAAUAAAAAUUUAAGUUAAUCGUCGGAAAAAAUAUAAACUCUAUGUUCCAAGGCAAAUUUUGUUCAACUAGAUGCUAAAGAUAAUUAUAUAAAAUGAAAGUUAAACUAAUGUAGGUUGAACACGAAACUAAAAAUUAAAUUUUUGAUCAUGAUCUGUAGAAAGAUUAUUUCCAUGCAUAGAAAAUCGAGUAUUUGUCUCCACUCGAGAAAUCAAGAUAAGUACUUCAAUGAUUUAGAUUUUUUAAGUCAAUAAUUAUUCCAUAAUUUUGUAAAUUAAAUUCGAGUGAGAGAUAUCUGUAGAGUGUUGUAUGACUUGUAACAUGUAAGUAAUGAUACGUACAUUUAUAAAUAUGUUGACUAGGGUGGUCUGUUUAGAACGACUUAUUUUUCCACUCCCAUUUCAAAAAUAUUGUUGUAGACAUAAAAAAAAAAUUCUCUGAAAAAAUCAGCUCUUAAUUUUAAUUUCCCGUACUUUACAUUUGAUUUUGAAUUUUUCCCAUUUAAAAUACAUAGGAAAGUUAGGAUUUUUUUAAAAUUCUCUAUAGUUCAGCUGCACUUCAAUCGGGUUGCCGUUUGCGGCAUUUUGUAGGUAAUUUAAUACUCUGCAAAAAUCUCCAUAGUAAUUUUAAUAAGAUUCUGAUUGUUUUUUUCUGUAUUGGUUCUGAAAAUCAUUUUUUUAAUAAUAAUUUGGAUUUUUAGUUGAUAUUGACUAAAUAACGAAAUUUACUGUAAAAAUGUAGAUAACGAGCUUUUAGGAAAUUUGAUUCUCUACAAAAAAGGUCCUCUCAGUUAAGUGGCUCAAGUUAUUCGUUCACGUGAUACAGAGAGUUAAUUAACUUUAUAUAUAUAAUAUUUUUUUAAAAAUUCAAUCAAAUGCCUUCAAAUUUUAAUUUUAAAUCAGUAAAUAAUUUUCUUUUUAUUCAUUCAAGCCAUUCAUAAAAAUAAGAAAGGUUAAAUUUGAUAAGCGUCGGAAACGUUUUUGACAAAUAUUUUGUUUACAAAAUUAAUAUAAACGCUAUUUCACAUGAACGAAGAACUUGAGCCACUCAACUAAGAGAACCUUUUUUGUAGAGAAUCAAAUUUCUCAAAGAAUCUUUAUCUGCAUUUUUACUAGGGCUGUACAAUUUAGCCGGUUAAGCCGGCUAAAAAAGUUAGUUAAGUUGAUUAGCUAACUAACCGAUCAGCUUGGCUAAUUUAACCGGUUAACUAAAUUAGCUUAGCUAAUUAGCUGGCGGAUUAACCGUUUAAUCUAGCUUAGCUCAGCCAACAGCUAACCGGGUAAACGGCUAAUUUUUUUUUAAGCUAUUUAAUGAUUUUUUAUUAACAGACAGGCUCAAAAAAUAAUAUUAAUGUUUUUUUUAAACAAAUAAAACGACAAUAGAAUAAUUUAUUAGUUUAAUUAAUAUUUUACAAUUUUUUAUUUAUAAAAAUGGCUUUUAAAUUAAUUGCUAAAUUUUUUUUCUGUGAUGUCUCUAUUUUGGUAGAAGAAAAUUAAUAAAUUUGUGUUUUCGGGAAGCAAACAGUUCCGUUUAGAACUUAUGAUAUUUCCGACUGUGGAAUAAACCCUUUCAGAGGGUGUGCUUGAUGCUGGAACAGCUAAAAAUUUUCUCGACAGUCUAGCCAGUAGAAGAAACUCAUGGCGUUUCGAAUGUCACCAAUGAAGGCGAUUAUCAUUAUGAGGAAUAUUUGGCUCCAUUUUGAAGCUAUUGAUUAUUCUUUCAUAUACAUCAUUCUGGUGAUUUGAAUUAUCGCUUACAAAGCUUACCAUUCUCUCAAAACUUCGAAAUAUGGCUACCUCACAAUUGAAAAGAUAAUCUAAGUCCUUUUCUCUUUUGUUUUUAUUGGCAACUACUGAUGUCUCUUCAAAAUUUCCGUUGACUAUAAUCUCUAAAAGGUAGCCAUAUCUCAAAGUUUUGAGAGAAUGGUAAGCUUUGAAAGCGAUAAUUCAAAUCACCAGAAUGAUGUAUAUGAAAGAAAAAUCAAUAGCUUCAAAAUGGAGCCAAAUAUUCAUCAUAAUGAUAAUCGCCUUCAUUGGUGACAUUCGAAACGCCAUGAGUUUCUUCUACUGGCUAGACUGUCGAGAAAAUUUUUAGCUGUUCCAGCAUCAAGCACACCCUCUGAAAGGGUUUAUUCCACAGUCGGAAAUAUCAUAAGUUCUAAACGGAACUGCUUGCUUCCCGAAAACACGAAUUUAUUAAUUUUCUUCUACCAAAAUAAAAUAUCACAGAAAAAAAAUUUAGCAAUUAAUUUAAAAGCCAUUUUUAUAAAUAAAAAAUUGUAAAAUAUUAAUUAAACUAAUAAAUUAUUCUAUUGUCGUUUUAUUUGUUUAAAAAAAACAUUAAUAUUAUGUUUUGUCCCGUGUUUAACCUACAUUAGUUCAAUUCUCAUUUGAUAUGAUUCUUCUUAGCAUCUAGUUGAAUCUAAUUUGCCUUGAAGUAUAGAGUUUUUAUUAUUUCAAUGAUUAAAUUAAAUUUUCAUUAUUUUGGUUCUGGAUUCCGACUCUAGACAGCGUUACUGAUUUUGAAAAAAGUGGGGGCAGCUUUGGGAGAAUGUCUUUCACAUUGCGCCAUGUUUCGAUAAACAACUAAAAAAUUCUUCUCAAGUUACUGAUUAUUAUUAUUAUUAUUUUUUUUUUUUUCAAAUUUUGUGUUCAAUGUGAUAAAUAUUAUUGCUUGAAUAAAAAUCAAUUACAUUUGUAAUUUUUAUAAAAUGUAGCAAUUCA